CAUCCCAUGUUUUUUAGCAGUCUUGUUUUCUAGGGUGGACAAAUGAUUAAAUAUUGUUUUAUAUCUUCGUGAAUAUAAGAAAAUAAAAGGUUUGCAUUUGUCCAUUAUAACCGCAGCACUCAAGUUUCAUAGUGUGAUGUUUUUGUGCAUAUGCAGCGGGUUGGAUUCCUCAUUAAACCGUUAACACAUGUGGUACAGAUCGGGCAGCGUGAUUACUACCUGAUCCGUGCAGUGCAAAUUGGGCAGGAGACAUUGAUCAGGCAACCACAAGUAGUCCUGGGAAGGGGAAGUGGGGUAAAAACACAGCAAACUGUAAUCUCCUACAAAAAAUGCAUGAAAAUUGGCUGGUUUGCUUUGCUCAAAAUGUUUAAUAUUUAAUAACCUUCAUUAAGCUCAGUGUUCAAUUUUUUUUGUUUGCUAAAGCUUGCCUCAUAGUUCAAAGCAAUGCCGCCAACCCUAUGUGGACUUUGAGGACUUUGAGGAAGACAACAACCUACAUGACUAUAAAUAAAUACAGAAAGGACAUUGUUCAUAUCACACUCUCCAGUGUCACCCAAAUGAGGAUGGGUUCCCUUUUGAGUCUGGUUCCUCUCAAGGUUUCUUCCUCAUAUCAUCUAAGGGAGUUUUUCCUUGCCACAGUCGCCUCAGUCGCCUCAGGCUUGCUCACUAGGGAUAAUUCUGUCUAACAUCUAGGAGCGUUUGCAUGUUUUUGUUUCUUAUGUUCUGUAAAGCUGCUUUGAGACAAUGUUCAUUGUUAAAAGCGCUAUACAAAUAAAAUUGAAUUGAAUUGAAUAGACAAAUAAUGCCCAUGUUCAUUAACAUGGUUUAAAUAAAUUAUUUGUUUAUAUUUUGGAAAAUACAACCAACAAAGUUUACCAAAAAUAUCUCAGGCAAGUACAAACAAAAAUAAUAAUUGGAGAAGUGAGUGAGAAUAAUAAAUUUUGGCAUGGUAACUAUUUCAUAUUUUCAUGUAACCGCAUGGUCUGUCGCAGGUUAUUCCUUACGUAUGCGGCGACCCAUUUUGAACACAAUGGCCUUCCAUAGAAGCGUUCGCUAUGUCAGAAUUUGAAUAGUUCACCAGUUUAGUGCCAGAGUGUGAGAGGGGCUUUCAGAAAAGGAGGAAUAAGGCUCAUGAGACAUGACCUCUCUUCAACAGUAUAGAACAGGUUUAUUCUGGAACUUGUCCAGAAAUGUGUUCUGUCAAACAGUCUUGUUCAUCACCUGUGUCAGCCCUUUCCAUAUUUCUCCCACGAUGCCCAGCUUGCGUUCGGCUUUCUCUGCCACACGCAGCACCAGCAUGCUGGGUGGCUUUCAGCGAGUCGUGACCUUUGACCGCCUGCUUGUCAAUGUGGGUGGCGACUUCAACCCAGACACAGGCAUCUUUCGUUGCAGAAUCUCUGGUGCCUACUACUUCACAUUGACCGUGGGAAGGUACCCCAAGAAAUUGCUGUCUGUGAUGCUGGUAAAGAACAGACAGGAAGUACAGGCUAUGGCUUAUAAUGAGUACAGGAAACAAGGCCGAAAGGUGCAGAGCCAGAGUGCUAUGAUUAGCCUGUUGCCCAUGGACACAGUAUGGCUGCUGGUACAGCAGAACCCAGACUAUGCCCUUUCCAGUAAUGUUGCCCCUUAUAUCACUUUCUCUGGCUAUCUAGUAUACCCAGAGUCUACAUCUUCUGUGGGAUACCUGAGCAACCACCUUGCCCCUGAGUGCCUGCCCCCUGGAGACCCCAGUUAUAGCUGGAGAGAAGCCCCUGAAUAUCUCAGGUCUGCAUUUUCAGUAGCUAGGACAUCCUCCAUGCUGGGAGAAAGCAGUAGACUUGACAAGAGGGAGGCUCUGACAUUUGAUGUGGAGUAUGUCAACAUUGGUGGCCAUUUCAACAAGUCAUCUGGCUACUUCACGUGCCGAGUGCCAGGAGUAUACUUCUUUGCUUUCACGGUAGGGAAGCACCCUCGACGGGCCGUGUCAGUGAAGUUAAUGAAAGGGACAGGCGAGGUGCAGGCCAUGGUGUUUGACGAGGACAUGUCACGAAAAAGAGAGAUGCAGAGCCAGAGUUUGUUGUUAGUACUGAACCAAGGAGACAUCAUUUGGCUUUACAGCCAGCAAGAUGAACGCUACGCUGUUUACAGCAACCAGGGACGCUACACAACCUUCACAGGGUUUCUAGUGUACCCCAAGUCUGAUUUCAUGAAUAAGGAAAGAACUUUGCAGUGAAGUCUGGACCUCACAUAGAAACCAUUAUUAGACUUACUAACAUCAUGUAUGCAUUAUACCAUCACUGAUUUUUUUUUUUCAAUCCACAAUGACUUACAAUAGAUCAAUUUUCUUUGUAUGUAUUGUACAACGUCUUAGAUUGUGCAUAUAGGACGUAGUGUUUGUAUUUUAGGCUGACCAAUAAGUUUUGUUUGCCAUCAUUUAUUUUAAAUAAACUUUAUUUUCUUUGAGUAGCUUUAUGUAAACAGGAAACAGUUAACAGGCAGAAGAGAAUUUAAAGGAUAAACAGUAAAAUAGUAGCUACUUAAAAUAAAUGUAGAUUUGAACAUGUAUUUCAUUUCAUUGGUAGGAUAUCAGUGAUGGCACUUCCAAUGUCUUUAAAAAUGUUCUUUCGCUAGCAAAAUAAAUAUUUACAUUAAUCCAGGGCUAGAGUGUCCUUCAGCUGAGAUGGCUUCAGUCUCGAGAUCUUAUAUUAAAGUGCCGUUUAUUACCUCUUCUUCAGCAGUAGGGAUUUGUGCACAUGAAGACAUUUCUAUCUCUGUCCCAGACUGAACAUUGGUUUCCAAAGCUCCAGGAACCUUAAGAAAAAUGACAGUUCUUUUCAUAAUUGCCUUAUAUGUAUUAACUGAUGUUUUAAAAAAACAGUCACUUGAAAGAAUACCGGUUUUCGAUAGUAGGACUUAAUCUCAGUGUCAGCGUAGGACACAAAGUGGAUUAAUGUGUAGAUUCUGGAAAAAAAGAGAAAGAAAUUGUGUGAUUUUUGUUCCACUGCCUUAAAAUGUGUUAUACAACAAAAAUAUUUUUACAUUCCAAGAAAGCAAGAAAUACACAGACACAUACACAAAUAACUAUUAUAUUCCGCUCCAAGGUUGCAAAAUUGUAUUUCAUUAUAACAGUCCACAUUACUUUUCUAUCAAAUGUAAAGUAUUUUAAAAAAUAACAAAAAUAAAAAUAAAAUAA